CAAAAUUCUAACCAAAGCAAAGAACCAAGAAGAGCCCCAAAUUCCAAAUUCACAAACACCACCUCCAAUAUCAUUGUAUUUCAUCUCCUCCUCCGCCUCCUCACCAUCUCUCUGCCCCGCCCCGCCCCGCCUCCUUCACCUUCUCCUCCGUAUCCGGCUCCCGUGCAGUUUCACUCUGCUUAUUGUUCUUUCUCUCUAUCUGUCUUGAAGAAUUCUUUUUUCUCGCUGCAGAUGGAUCUUGAGACUGAGAACAGAAUAGCUGCAAUCCUUUUGAAGGAAGCAGCAGAGUUACGGCAACAAGCUGAGAAGGAAGGUGUGCAGGCUUAUAUUCAGCAGCCUAAAGUGAGGGGUCGGCCAAAUUCACGGUUCCUCAGUGCAACUGUUCUUGGGGUGCAACAAGCUAAUCGAGCUGUUGAAGUAAAUGAGAUGUGGCGUGUCCGGCAAAAAGAGCUAGAGCUAAAUGAUAGGCUUAAAGAGAGAUCAAAAGAUGAGAGGAGCAACAGGAGCCAUAGGGACAUUGGUAAUUCUAGAAGCUCAACUAAGGGGCAUGCCAUGGAUGAUGACAGCACCACUGAUUCAUGCUCAUCAAGCAAAAGACUAUCUGAGAAUAAUAGCUAUUAUAGGGAAGAUGAAGGCUUGAGAGAUGAAGAGGUUGAGGAAUUUCUACAUUCAAGUGGCAGAAUCAAGCGUGGCCGAGGUACUGUUGGUUCAAGGAUGGAUGAAACAGGUCCUUACCUUGCCCCUUCUCCGGACUCCAAUGAGAAGUUUUCAACAGGAAAUGAUGUAUGGCGACAUCGAGUCCUUGGUCCUGAGAAGCCUAUUUCAUUGAAAACUUGUGAAUCUUCUGACAAGGAGUUUGACAAGGACAGGCGAAAGAAGAAAAAGACGGAACGCUCAGGUAGCUCAAACAAAAAGCACUCUAAGAAGCACAAGUCUAAAGAAAAGGAUGGGCACAAGAAGAAGAAGAGAAGGGAAGAGAAAAAAAGUAAACAUCACAAGUAAGAAGGGCAGUUCUUUGUUAUUUUACAUAUAGUUUCCAUACAUCACGAGUGAGCCUGUUAGAAUUAUGAAUAAUACUACACUUACAAAGUCCUCAUACAAAGAUGUGUGUACAAAGUGAGGUGUCAUACUAUGAUUGGGAGAGUGAAUUUGUAAAGUCAACUUUUUAACUAAAUUCAAAUUCAUUGUCCAAUCAUGGUAUGACACAUCACUUUGUACAUAUAUCUUUGUAUAGGGACUUUGUAAAUGUAGUAUUACUCUAGAAUUAUAUGACAUUCUUGUUUGUACAAAGAUU